CAAAAAAAUAAUGACUAUGAUUGUAGAUUAGGAUUCUGACGAAAGAUCACAUUUGUAGACGGAGGACAGACCUCUGUACCUUUCCACAAAUAUAUAUAGGCACACACGCGGAGUAUAUCCCAAUUUAAUUUAAUUUUUGUCGAGACGGAGGACACAGCCAACUUCACAAUAUUUUCUCACUGUCUUCCAUAAACUCAUACAAGGGCAGCAUACUUUGACUUCACAAGCUUCUCUCCUUCGGCGUACGGCAGCAGCCAAUUCGCCUUUCUUCCAUUGACAUUCAGCUCACUUUACAGAUUGCACUUUGGGUGUCACCAUUUAGGUGAUCAUUGACAAGAUGGCUGUUGUUGCCUCUGCCCCGGGAAAGGUUUUGAUGACCGGAGGGUAUCUUAUCCUUGAGAGGCCCAAUGCAGGGAUAGUCCUGAGUACAAAUGCUCGAUUUUAUGCCAUCGUGAAGCCGUUUUAUGAGGAGAUCAAGCCCGAUAGUUGGGCAUGGGCAUGGACGGAUGUGAAGUUAACUUCUCCUCAGAUGUCAAGAGAAACACUCUACAAAUUGUCACUUAAAUCCUUCAAACUCCAGCCUUUAUCUAAUAGUGAUUCAAGAAACCCCUUUGUGGAAUAUGCAGUGGAGUAUGCCAUAGCAGCAGCAUAUGCAACCUUUGACAAGUAUAAGAAGGAUGCAUUACAUAAACUACUUUUGCAAGGUCUAGACAUUACAAUCUUGGGGUGCAACGAAUUUUAUUCAUAUCGGAACCAGGUAUUCCCACCAACAACCUAUUGAAACAUAUAAAAAUGAUUUGUUUGCAUUAUAAUGUACACAAACAAACAAAUAAAUGUUCUAACAUGUUUUUAUGAGUAUCGAGCUGGACUUCGAAUACUGCAGCAGGUCCAGUGGCCCUGCAGUGUACACUAUAAUGGACACAAUUAAAUUAAAUUAUAGUCUACAGA